UACAUGAUAACUUCAAGGUAGCUUCCAACGCCUGCCACGUCACCUAAUCUGCUUCUUCAUUCUAACUUAACCACAGCGGAACAAGAAACCGAGUCAAGAAACUCAUUACAGUCCGCGUUGACUCGUUCAAAUCUUUUUAAAUUAACUUUCUUGCUCUAUUUCUUACUUUUGUUCUCUGAUCCAAGAUUUCAACUAUAAUCUCAAUCAUGUACUCCACAGACCCAUCUUCUUACGAUAGAUACUCCGGCGGCCCACCACCACCUCCGCCUUAUUUUACCCCGGAAACCACCACCACUGGGAUUCCGGUCAGCUCAUCUAAUCAGUAUUACUCCACUACUGGUACUGAUAAUUCUCUUUCUUCUUCUUCCCAUCUUGAAUCCAAGAAGAGAGAUCCAUGGUCUUCUGGCUUAUGUGACUGCUUCUCCGAUCAGAGAAACUGUUGUAUUACAUUUUGGUGUCCUUGUGUUACUUUUGGACAAGUUGCUGAGAUUGUCGACAAGGGCUCUUCUGCCUGCGGUGUUAAUGGAGCACUAUACACGAUAAUCGCAUGUGUGACGGGUUGUGCUUGUUGCUUCUCGUGCUUCUAUCGCGCAAAAAUGAGACAGCAGUACUCUUUGAAGGAAAGCCCCUGUGGAGAUUGUUUGGUUCAUUGCUUCUGCGAGUAUUGUGCGUUAUGCCAAGAAUAUCGUGAGCUCAAAAGCCGUGGAUAUGACAUGACUAUAGGAUGGCAUGGCAAUGUGGAGCAAAAGAAUCGUAGCUUGGAAAUGGCUUCCGUGCCACCAGCUGUUGAAGGAGGCAUGAGUCGAUAGAGCUCGGAAGAGUCGAGAUCUGGUCUUUGUAUGCUUGUUGAACUAGUAAAUAUUUUUGUAAUUGCAUUUGUAGUGAUUGUAACAUUUUGUAUGAUUUAUUAUUGUGGGAAUAGAUAAUAAGGUUCAAGUCAAAGAUUUGGGGAAACAAAAAAUUCAAAGGAAAUGUAUUGUAAAAUGAUAUUACUAAUCAGUAUUAUAAUCAAUUAUUCAACUCUAUUAUUGUUAA